GUCACGUACUGUGACACAAUACCAUUAUACUGCCUGGCCAGACCACGGUACUCCUGAGCCUCUCUCUCUUGUUAUCUUCCUUUACCACGUUAGGAAAGUAGGGACCAAUCAGAGAGAUUCUCCAACAGUCGUACACUGCAGUGCGGGAAUUGGUAGAACAGGGACAUACAUAGCAAUAGACGUUCUGAAUGAGAUAGGGAGAAAGACGGGAACAGUCAACGUUGCUGAAUAUGUCAAGAAGAUGAGAGAAAACAGGAUGAAUAUGGUCCAAACCUAUGAGCAAUAUAUGACCAUAUUCCUUGCUUUGAGUGAAAUUUACAAAUCGCCAGUUAGCUUCAAUACCAUUGGUGAAUUUACUACAAAUUCGAAGAACAUGACAAUAGACAAACCGGCCAAUCAGAGUUCACUGCGUGAAGAAUUUCAGCUUUUAAUGAUAAUACGACCUGUGUACAACGAUAAUGACUUCAAGCUCGCCAGAGAAGGUUGUGGAGACAUGUAUUCCAACGGUAUUUUGCCACUGGAUAAAUACAGCGUUCAUUUAUCAUCUAAUGUCCCUAAAAGAGGAAACUUCAUCAAUGCGAUAACUGUUCCAUCAUACAAAAACAAAAGAGCGUUUAUAGUGACGAAGUAUCCAACGGAAGAGGACGCUGUUGACUUCCUCCGCCUGCUCAAUGACCAUGAAUGUGACACAGUCAUCUGUAUGGAUCCUAUUAACAAGAUUGAUUCGAGUGAAGCAUGGUUACCAAGUUCCUCAUCUUCCAAAACAGUGCCCCCGUUUACCAUCCAUGUUCAAAGUCAAUCUGCAAAUCACAUCAUCAGCACUACUGUGCACAUUCUCGAGAAAAAUAAUGAAGAGGAGGCUCACCCUGUGACAAUAAUAGAACCAAAAGUAAGAAUUGAAACAUCCGGGACUUUUCUUGACACAUCUCCACUUCGGAGUCUUGUGUCUACCACGCUGGCCAUUGAGACAGAAAAUCCUAUUACAAUUGUCAGCAGUGAUGGUGCAGCAUUAAGUGGUGUUUUCUGUGCCGUUCAUAACGUAAUACAACAGAUCAACAUGGACGCCUGUGUGGAUGUCUUCACUGCCGUCAGACAACUUCAAGUCAGAAGACCGGAAUUCUGUUCCAACCUUGUGCGUUUUUCAGAACCAAAUAUAUAUAUUUUUUUAAUCAUAGGCCACGG